AUGUCUUUAAAUGGUGACAGCACUGAAAAGGAUGGAGCGCACACAGCCACGGAGGCUCCGGAUGCAUCCGUACAACCUGGUGUUGACGAUGCGACAGACAAGCCCGACGUGAAGGAGCAAACAGAGACAGAGGCGGAGCAAGAGGCAGAGAAAGAGGCAGAGAAAGGACAGGAGACAGGGCAAGAGGCAGAGCCGGAAAAGAAGCCCGAUUUGCUAGAUGCAGAAAAGCUCCAAAGGGAGUUUCAGGAAAGAGUCAAGACAUAUCUAGCUGAGCAGACCGCCCACGUCAUAAUACCAUCUUUUGCCAAAUGGUUUGAUUUGAGCAAGAUCCAUCCAAUUGAAAAGAAGUCCUUCCCUGAUUUCUUCAACGAUGAAACAGUCUACAAGAACCCCAAUGGCUACAAGUAUAUCCGAGAUUUCUUGGUCAACACUUUUAGGCUCAACCCGAAGGAGUAUUUGACCAUCACAUCGGUAAGAAGAAACUUGGCCGGCGAUGUCACCAUCAUCAUCAGAAUACACCAAUUUUUGGAGAAAUGGGGGUUGAUCAACUACCAGAUUGAUCCAAAGACCAAAUCUGUGAUUGUGGGACCACAAUACACGGGACAUUUUCAAAUCACGUUGGAUGCGCCUGAAGGGUUGACCCCUUAUAUACCGGAAAAUGCCACUGUUUCCUAUAAAUCUGAACAAUCACUCAAACUAGAAGGUUCUGAUGUCGGUGGUGCUGCCGGUGGUGCUGCCGAUGGUGCUGCUGCUACUGCCCUGGCCACACCAAACGAGGAAAAAAUGAAUGGAAAGGAGAAACCCGAUGAAAAUGACCCUUUGCAAUUAAACGUGGAAGUGAAGAGAAACGUUUAUGAAACCGGGGAAAAAAGACUCGAUUUCAAAGCCAACAACUCGGUUCACUAUGCAUGCAGCAUUUGCGGCAAGGAUACAACCGAAGUGAGGUAUCACAACUUAAAGAUCAAGUCAUACACUUAUAACCCUAAUUCCACAAUCAACAAUGCCAGUAUAUUAUGUGCCAUCUGCUACGAUCAAGGUUUAUUCCCGCUGAAUUUCAGUUGCAGCGAUUUCGUAGAAUUGAGAAACUCGGAAAGCGCCCACGAGUGGACUGAGCAAGAGGUGUUGUUGCUUCUUGAAGGUAUCGAGAUGUUUGCGACACACGAGGCUCCUUCAGCAGCUUCAGGCAACAUCAAUGUCAACACCAAUAACCAAUGGAACAAAAUCAGUGAGCAUGUAGCCACAAAGUCAAAGGAAGAGUGCUUGAAAAAAUUUAUACAAUUACCAAUUGAAGACCGAUUUUUGACGAAAUUGAUCAAGGAAGAACCACAGGGCAGUUCGGCCGAAGAGCGAGCUAACCUCAUCGAGGAAAUAGUUUCCAAAUUGAUAAAGUCCAAAGAUGGAAAAGAUUUACUCGCGUCCAACGCUAAAGAAAAUGCUCAGAAAUCACACAGUGAACAAACAAACUUGAUCAAUCAAAUUAUCGAAAUGACGGUGGAAAAAGUCCAGUUGAAACUAGAAACCAUCGAUGAGCUACAAGCGGAUUUGAUCGCGGUUCAAAACCAACUAACAAAAGAACGCAAGCUUAAUCUAAUGGAAAGGUGGGCGCAGUAUCAUAAAAUCCAGAAAUUGAAACAGGAAAGGCCCGAUUUGAGCGAUAUACUAUCUGACUUAUUGAGACCUGUCAAGUUGCACGAUGCUGAUCAAAAUGACCCGAGCUCGAGCUCCGCUGAUAUGGAAGUUGAUGACGAUGCUGCAUCUACUGCCCAUACCGGCGACGACGCCAACGGCGAAAGCGAUGACUUGCCGGUGAGUUACACCAAGCCAAAAGAAUAUCAAUUCUGGUCAGGUUAG